GCACUGUGAGUUAAACCCGAAGGGUAAAUAUGUACUUUGUGAUUUACAGUUCGUAAAGUUUUGCCUUCGCCUACUAGCGCCCUUCGUUUACGUUUUUUGGUUCGUCCACACAGGCUGCAAGAUCGGUCCUGUGCUCGUUAAUUCUGGGAUUUACGCGCUCACCCUCUCCAGUACGUUGGGUGUAUCGCAGAUUUAAACGUUUUGGUGUAUAUACUGUGGGUAGGUCACCCGUUUGGCAGGUAAUCACCAAUAUUUAAGCCUCUGGAAGUCAUAGGGACAAUUUCCAGAGACAACAAGUCAUUUUUGUAGACCACAAGUGUCUAAAAUCUAUAUAGGAUUUAUCGACAAUAAGAUGAGUUCUCUAUUGCGGAUCACUCCCUCGGAUACUAUAGAGUUCCCUCUUGUCUUGUACACUCCACUAAAUGCCUCCUUGAAGCUCGAAAAUGUUUCAUCAGAACAUGUUGCUUUCAAGAUAAAGACCACGACGCCAAAAGGAUACUUGGUGCGUCCGUCUACCGGAGUUAUAAAGCCAGGGGAUGUGCAGACGGUACAAAUUAUACUACAGCCACUUAGCGAAACCCCAAAGGUUAUAAAUGACCGCUUUUUGGUACAAUAUACAGUAGUGGCAAAUGAUGAUCCCAUUUCCAAGGACAUGUGGACCACAGUUGCCAAGUCCGCAAUACAAGAUCAGAGACUCAGUGUAUCGUUUAUCAAAGACCCAGGACUAAAUAUACAGUCGGGAAACUCCCCGUAUGGGAUUCCACCCAAAAUUGCUGCAAGGUUGAUAACUCCACAGUCGUCUAAUGUGGAUCUGCCAGAGCUACGUCAAAAGUAUGAUGAACUGGUUCAAUACUGCCUUUCCGUCGAAAAACUCAAGUCUAACAUUUUAAAUGAAAACGAACAGCUGCGACAAAAGUUACAAAUGGGACCAAAUGACUCAAUCGGAGGUAAAAUUGCACUUGAAGUGUGGCACAUUCCGGUAUUUAUCAUACUUGUAAUCAUUCUUCUCAAGGCCCUUGGGCACUUUUAG